CAGGAUGCUUCAGAAAGAGGAAGCUGCAAUUUUACGUUGUUGUUCAAUCAUGGUACCGCUGGGGAGGGGAAGGGAAGAAAGUACCAGCAACCUGGAAUAUAGACGCGUUUGGCCUCUUUUCGUGAAAGCAAACACUUUGACAACUGUCCGGGACUGAGCGAAGCUGUCAGGAACAUGGGCGAUAAUGGCCCUCUCACAGAGACAGCCAUGUUCUUUGAGGAGGAAGUGGACAAGCUGGGGCGAGACGAGGAUGAGGACGACAAAAUGGUGGAGUUCGACAAAGAGGAUGGCCUGAUACCCGCGCCCUCGUCCUCCUCGGGACGGGUCUACGAUCGCACCACGGUGCUCAUCGAACAGGACCCUAUCCGUCUGGACGAGGAAGGCGAGGAGGACGGGCAUUGCGGGGGAGAGGACGACGGCAUGGCCUUUUUGGCCGAGGGAGACGGGGACGGAGACGAAGAGGAGCACUCGCUGGCCUUCAUGACGGAUCCGGAUGGCAUGUCUCAGGGCUACGUUCACCACACCAUCUCACCAGACCAGAUUCAGUUCAUCAUCAACCCCGGUUCCACCCCUAUGCCACGGAACAUUGAAGGAGCCACUCUGACCCUACACUCUGAGUGUCCAGAGACCAAGCAGAGAGAGGUGAAAAGGUACCAGUGCAUGUUUGAGGGCUGCACACGCACUUACAGCACGGCAGGAAACCUCCGCACACACCAGAAAACACACCGUGGAGAGUACACUUUUGUUUGCAACCAGCAAGGCUGCGGCAAGGCCUUCCUCACCUCCUACAGCCUGAAGAUCCACGUCCGCGUACAUACGAAAGAAAAGCCCUUUGAGUGUGAUGUCCAAGGGUGUGAGAAAGCCUUCAACACACUGUACAGACUUAAAGCACACCAGAGACUGCACACGGGGAAGACGUUUAACUGUGAAUCAGAAGGAUGCACCAAGUACUUUACCACACUCAGUGAUCUGAGGAAGCACAUUCGCACCCACACAGGGGAGAAGCCAUUCCGGUGUGACCAUGAUGGUUGUGGCAAGGCUUUUGCUGCUAGUCACCACCUAAAGACACAUGUCCGGACACACACAGGAGAGAGACCGUUCUUCUGUCCCAGUGACGGCUGUGAGAAGACAUUCAGCUCUCAGUACAGCCUGAAGAGUCAUAUAAAGGGUCAUGACAAGGGUGCGCCGUUCAGCUCCAACCUCAGUAAUCCACUGUCUGAAGAUGCGAAUCAUUCGCUGUGUCUCAGUGAUUUGAGCCUCAUUUCCACAGACUCUGAAUUUCGAGAAAACCUUCACAAUUCUCAAAGCUUGGAUCUUAACAAUGUUACUCCAGUGAGGAUAUUUGAGCUAAUGUUCCAGAGUCCUGAAAACAGCGUUAAUCAGGAUGACACUCAACCCUCCGAGAACCUAGUGGAAGCCUUUGGCCUGGAGACCCCGCCUCAGACAGCUGCAGCCGAAUCCAAGCCCCUGCUCUCCUUCACCCAGCCCCUGUCUUCCUCUUCUUCCUCCUGUACUCUCACCGCACCUAUUAUUGAUUCCCCUCCUCAGCCUGUCCCCCUCCCCUCUCAGGCACCUCAGCCUGCAGCUCCAGCGCCCAACAGCUCCUCCAUCACCACCCAACAAGUCUCCUCCUUUGCCCCCGCCGCCGCCCCCACCCCCACCCCGCUUAACACACCAGAAGUGCCCGCUCCCGCCGUACCUCCAGCCUCACAACACUAUGUGGCGCUGCCACCCAAGUUCCUUCAGCAGGAGAGCCAAGUACAGCCCGGUGCCCUCGCGGUCUCUGCCCCCGUCGUCACCGGCGCCGCUCCGGCGGCGGCGGCCGCUGUUUCCGCGGAGACCGUCUCCAGCGCGACGCAUGCCGUGCCUUUGGCUGGCGCUCCCGGCCUGGCUCCCGCCCCCACCAUCACCAUCGCCCCCACGCAGGGUCUGCUGCAGCCCAGCAUCGUCAUGUCUGACCAGAACCUGCAGUGGAUCCUCAGCAAUGCUGCCAACCCACAGCAAAACCCCGAGCAACAGGGCCCAAAAGUGGAAAAAGUCUUCUUCACCACAGCCAUACCAGUCGGAGGACACCCAGGAAACGCCGUGCAGCAGAUUGGCCUGAGCCUACCAGUCAUCAUCAUUAAGCAAGAGGAGUCAUGCCAGUGUCAGUGUUCGUGCAGGGACUCGGCAAAAGAGAGGAGCUCCGCAAAGAGCAGCCCCUCCUCAGAUCAGCAACUUACAGAACCUCCUCCCACAGCACCUCCACUCCCCACAGCACCUCCACUCCCCACAGCCCAACAAGCUACUCCCCAGUGCUGCGCUCAGCAGUCUCCCUGUAAGGUGAACCAAACUGUGAGUCACACUCAUACCCAGGCCCGGCCUGACGACCCUUCUCCUACUGCUGCGACAUUCCCCCCUGAGUCCACGGCCACCAAUCCUCCCACUGACAACCUGGCCAGCGUGGAUGUGGCCGACUUCCUCUCUCUGCAGAGCCCCGAGACCACAGCCAACAUCGAGGCUCUGCUGCUUGUUGCUGACGACGAUUUCCCCAUGAGCGAGGGAGGCGGCAACAGCGCCUCCUAGUGGUGGCUGAAGGCAAGCCUCCACCAGUGAUCUGCUGCACCUUAUGGAGACGAGGAACCCGGGUUCCCUUCAUAAGCAUCAAAUCAUCCACACUCCGAUCUCAUGUGAGGAAGGGUUUAUGCUAGUUAGUUUUGGUUUUUUGUGUUUGUUUUUGUUUUGUUUUGUUAUGUUUUACAUUCAUCAUGCCAGAGCUUAACCCCAUGAAGAUGGUAUUUUACUCGCAGUGCAUUCUGAUAUGUCUCAUUUUGUGUCUUCAUGAACUUUGAACGAGGUGACAUUUUAGGGCAAGGUCAUUUUGGGCUAUUUCUUCAUAAAUGCCUCAUAUCCUCUCAUGUGAUUCAGUUUAUCAUACUGUGAGAUUUGAACUCUGUAUGA